AGACCGAGUAAAAUCGCCGAAAUGUUUGACGACGAGAAAAGAAACGAAGGUAAAAUGUGACCGGAUGAUGAGCCAACAAUGAUCGAGGAUUCAUCGGUCAUUUAGGAGGCCAAUGUCACUCGUCGGUCGACAAACAUAUCGCCGCUAGUCAUGAAGUCCUUUUAAAUAUGCAGAACGCGCACGAAACACCGUGUAUAUAAUCGGGCGACGGUACCUAUCGGAAAUCAGUCAGCUCGAGAUCACAACCAGCUCUAACUACGAGAACAACAAUGAAGGUAUUCGCCGGUAUUAUCCUGCUCGCAACCGCUGUCCUAGCGGAACCACCGUUUUAUCGUCAGCAACAAAGACAAUAUUAUUUUGCAAGACAACAGGAAGAAGCUGCGGCCGCUCCUUACGCUCCCUCCGGUUGGAAACCGGCUGGUCCAGCGUUCAAUCUGCCACAAAGACAAGUACAAAAUCCUCAACAACAAUACGGUGCACCGACUACUCCUCAACAACAAUAUGGUGCUCCUAACGAGCCUCAACGAAAAUACGGUGCACCGGCUACGCCACAGCAAAAAUAUGGUCCUCCUGCUACACCAGAGCAACAAUACGGAGCUCCUGCUAAACCUCAACAACAAUAUGGAUCUCCUAACGAACCUCAAAGACAAUACGGUACACCUCAGCAAGAAUAUGGACCUCCUCAGGAAGUCACUACUCUCGAUACGCCAAACAGCACGGAAUUAGACGAUGCUACUACGGUUUCCAGCAUUUCCGAUUCCGAGUCCGAACCCGUUAAUUCGGUGAACGAGCUCGAAGAGGAUGACCUGGAUCAAAAUCAGCCACAGCAAACUGGGGAAUAUUACGUAGCACUUCCCGACGGUCGCCUUCAACGUGUACGUUACGUCAGCCGUCAGGACGUCGAAGCCAUGAAAUAUUUCGCUAAGAUCCGCGCCGAAAACGUAGAACCACUUCGUGGACCGAUCUAUGCUUACGCGCCACUUCAAAAACUUCAGAUCGUUCCGGCAGGUUUGCAAAUAGCUUUGGCGUCACCGGUUGCACCGGUGGAAACUCCACAACCGGAAAAGAUUAAGAUCGAGCCGGCAAAACUCGAGAUCGAACCGGUCGCAGCACAGGUACAAUAUCAGUACGAUACUCCAUCGGCUGUCCUCCCUCUUCCUUCGUCGCCAUUAUCCUCGUCGUAUGCCGCUUAUACGUCGAAUUAUCAAAUACCAGAAAACAGGUAUCUCUUGACCGUUCAGUGAAAGGAUUUUAAAUGAGACAGGAUAAUCUCCUAUCGAAUCUCAACCAUCAUUGUAUAUUUCCUUGUAAACUAAUUUAUCUUAAAAUUAACAUUAGCUUAAUUGACGAGCGAUAAAAGAAAAGAAUACAAACAAAACGAAAUCAAUAAAACUUAAUCCGACGAGUUAACGAA